UCCACAGAAGGCAGUACUUAAACUUGUAAGAUCUCAGAGUGAUGCCAGUUCAAUUGCAUCUGAUGACACAAUAAUAUUGCCUCAUGCAAUGACUCCAGAAAGGACCCAGAGAUGGCCGGAUGUUUGUCCAGUGCCAGCUUUUUCUUAUGAAGUAGAACUCAUACUUGUUGAGGGAAAUUUGAAUCAUGAGAGAACAGGGAAAACCCUGAAGUUAUCAAGGGGACAGAAUCAUGACAUUCUUGAAACCCUUGCAUCCAAAAUGCAUAGCUUUAAAGCAUAUCCCAGUGAUAAAGACAUUUCAGUGGUUGCAGAAGCGCUUGUCACCACCCAUCCUUGUCUUAAAGAACCAGGAACGCAGACAGGAUGGUAUGGUUGGAAAAAUAGUCUGAAGUUUAAGAUGGGUAACUUCCACACUAAGUUGAGUCGGGCAGGAUAUAGUGAGGUAGCUGUAAAUUCUGGAAAGAGAAGCAGAAACAACCCUGACAAACAAUCUCCCCACACUGACAUAAAGAGACCAAAAAGGGCAGAAGUGAAUUUUCUCCCCAACUUUCCAAAAGGAGAAGAUGGUUCAAGCCUUGAGCGACAGAGACUCCAGAUUGUAGAUGAAGUUAUAAGGACUGACAAAAACCUCCCUCUGAUUGCAAAGUUGAUGCAGACCACCUUUUCCCUGCGACGCAAAGAGGUCAUCAAUGAUGACUUGCCUGUUGGAGAGAUCCUGGAGCGCUGGCCUGCCCUAAAGAUGGAGUCACAGAUUUGUGCAGAGUUUCACAGAAUCACAAACAUCAACCUGAAGAACCACUUCUAUUCUGAGUUAGACAGACAUGUCCCUCGUCUUCAGAGUUUGUUCAGGAAGAAAGCUGCGCGCACAGGGAAGGUGUCUGAAGUCCUGGAUCAGCUCUUCAACACUUAUGACCGCCAGGAACAAGUUGACGUCAAUGUCCUCCGUGCUGCCGUCCUCCGUGCUCUCCCUACAUAUCUGCAUGAGGAUGACUCCGGAUUUCAGCAUAUUAUUAAGACUU